GUCACGUGACUAGUAACGUAAACAAUUUGCCAGUGAAGUUAGCAGGAGGAUACUGAGCCAAAAAAGGCUUCCUUAAAAUAACUUUAUAGACAUAUAUAUGUGUGUAUAUAUUUGCGAUUAUCCAGCCGCCGGGAUGUGAAGACCAUGGCAACGAUUAGUCACGAGUCUUCGAAAGUUUCUGUAAGCGGAGCAUUCAUUUGGACAAGAUGAAAAUCCGUCUACAACUCAAAGGCGGAGAGCAGUUCCAGUCCGCUGAGCUGAAAAAUGGGCGCAAGCGCUUCAUUAUCCUCCUGUAACAACAUAUCUUCAGUGAAAAUAAUAAGACCCAACUCUAAAGUCUGCCCAGAACUCACAGUUCCUGCACAUGUUCCAGUUCCUGGAGAACCACCAGGGUGUGUAUUCGGUGUUGCUUUGGAAAAACUAAAUGACAAUGGACAGAUGGUCAGAGGGAUACCUUUUGUCUUUAGAGACAUGGUAGAGUUCUUGGAAAAGUUUGGACUGCACCACAGGGGUCUGUUUCGUUUGUGUGGGUCCACAGUGCGUGUGAGGCAGCUGAGGGAACAGUUGGACCAGGGAGAGAGAGUGGAACUGGACCAAUUGAGGGACAUCAGCACAGUAGCUUCUCUACUCAAGCUCUUCCUGCGGGAAUUGCCCACUCCUUUAGUUCCUGAACCGCAUCGCAAACAGAUGGUUCUCAACCUAAAAGAGUGUACACAUCAGCCAGAGCUGAACCAAAGACUGAGAGAAAAUCUUUGCCUCCUGCCUGAUUUCAGCCUCAAUAUUCUCUCUUACCUCUCCCACUUCCUGUCGAGAGUGGCCUCUCAGAGUCAGUCCAACCACAUGCCUAUGGAAAAUCUAGCUACCAUCUUUGGACCUUGUGUAUUUCAUGUUCCAGUAGGGCCCAGCGUCAUGGAGGAGCAGAGUGUGUCUAAUGCCCUGCUGCUCCACCUUCUCAGACAUCAAGCAGAUCUCCUUCCGGUCAAAGAAGAGAUCUUGAUGACCCCGUCCGCUACUUCUUCCUCACCUCCUCCUCCUGCUCUCUCUGCUCUUUCACAUUUUGAGGUCCAACCCCACAGCUCUGAGUACGAGAACAGCUGCAUGGAGAGGUUGGAGGAAGAGAUCACUUCAAUUUCUGGGAGCUUUGCUUCUGAACUAACUCUGCAGAUGCAGAUACAACUCAAAAGUUGUGACACACUGUUGCCAGCUUGUGGAAACCGCUCUGACGUCAACAUUGACAUUCGGACUGCAAACCGGGAGGUUCUGCAGGAAGGCAGGAUCACAGCGGAAGCAGGCAGCGCUCUCUCCGAUCACGCUGACCUGCUGCCAGAGCGUCAGCCGCAAACCGCACAGCCUCAGAGAGCGCUGGGGAAACCUUCUGAAACGACGCCUACCAUGCGACGGAUUUUCUUACAGACACCACAACCCAACACCGGAUCAAAGCUGAAGCAGGAGGAAGAAGACAGAUUUGCUUGCUCUUCUUUGGUUGCCAGCAGCAGCAUAGGACAAAAUUGGCCUCAUUCGGAUCGCUGCGUAUCGAGCGAAUCACAAAACAAAAUGCAAAUAAAGAGUCCGCUCCCAGACAGCCUACUGUGCUGUAUACAGUGCAAGACAGAAGAUGAAGGGAUGGUGUCCCAGUACAAGAAGAGCAAAGGAGGAGGAUGCUGUGGUCCCUCUGACACACAUAGUGACUGCAGAGGCACAGACAGCUGCUAUGACACUCCUUCCCUCAAGCUCCAAGCCCUGGACGCUAGACCCUCGUCAGACUCAUUAGAACCCCCGGCUCAGGAUGACACGCCUGCGCGGCAGCAGCCUUUUCCCUCCGAAGGUCAUCAUUUGAACCAAACUCUGCCUCUGUCUCCGUCUCAGCAUCGGCACACAGUUGACUCAUCACAAGAAACACACCACUCACCUCCGUCUCUGUCAGAGUCCGUCUCCGCUCUCUCCACCGCCUCCAGUACCGAAGGACUUGUGAGAGAAGGCAGCUUGCCGAGCCCACCGCUCCCUUACUGCAGCCCGCUCUUAUCUCGUUUUACCCCCGGCGACUGCCCCGUUCCCUCGCCGCGCUGCCCAAGCCUCAGCCACAGCCUGCGCUACAACCUCGACCCCGACACGGCUCCGUCGCCGCCCUGCUCGCAGCACAUACGCAUGGCUCGCUGCAGCGUCCCUGCAGAGCAAGAAGACGGUUCUGUGUCCGUCUCGGCGCUCAACAGACACAUUCACACGCUCAGGAAGAAGAUCAGGCGAUUUGAGGAGCAUUUUGAACAAGAGAGGCACUACAAGCCAGCACAUAAUGACAAGACCUCUCAUCCAGAAGUGGCCAAACUGAUGAAGGAGCUCAUCAGGAGCCGCAAGCAGCUGAAAGAAAUAAAGCUGACACAGUCUGUAGAGUCAGGAGUGAAGGGACUUGGAGGUUUCAGUCCCUCAGGUGAAACCUGCAGGACCAACGCAGAGCAGCGGGAGGCGGGGCCGACAGGAACUGAGCUUCAGCCCAUCAACAAUAACAGCAACGCCACGCAAAACGUGGAGGAAACGGUGAACCUGAUAACCAACCGACUGAGGGAAAGGAGGAGUGAGCUGGGUUUGCCGGACAGCAUCAAGGACAUGUCCAAUUUCCAGUUGAGUAUGGAGAAGACCUGCAUGCAGAAGUGUUUGCUGUACUUUGAGGGUCUGCAUGGACGCCCAAUCACCCGGCAGCAACGGACUCUGAUGAAACCGUUCUAUGAUCGGUACCGUCUGCUCAAGCAGCUGCUUUCUUCCGCUUCCACAGCAGCCAUUACAACCAUUGAGGAAGAGGAGGGUUCAGAUGAAGAGAACUUUAAGCAGCAAAGCUCCAGAGAGCAGCCACUUUGGUUAAAAACGCCUAGGUGCAUGUCAUCAGAGGAGCCCCAGUUUACAUCGUCUGUGGAAAUGUCUGGAACGCCGGUGGUGUCUCCGCUGGAUGAGGGGAAGACUUUCCAUGCACAGAUCAUCACUAUGGCAACACUACAUGAAGCAUCCAGGCAAGAAUUACUAGAUCACCUCCGGAUGGUUCGACUAGAGAAGCGACGACUUCACCAAACCCUCCAAGAGUUCGAAGACCGUUUCUACGCACAGACCGGCAGGGUCUGUCAGAAGGAGGACCGUGGACCAAUGGCGGAGGAGUACUGCCAGUACAAGAACCUCAAGGCGAAGCUCCGCCUACUGGAGGCUCUGCUCAGUAAACAAGACUCAACCAAAGCAAGUUGAGUUAUUCACAGUGGGACUUUUUUUUGUUUUGUUUUUUUAUUUAGUUCAGCACAACUCUUUUUUUUUUCCCUUUCUUUUAAUUGCUUUGAUGCCAAUGGGUCUUGUUUUAUUCCAUGCUCGUAAUGUAAAUGCACUUUACAUGAAGAAAACUGAAUGACCAAAAAUCGCUGACACUCUGAAUGAACACUGGAUCUGGAUCUGUUUUUUUUGUUGUUUUUUUUCAUCCCCACCAUUUAGGACACUUUUUCAUAACCCUGUCGUAGCCAUUUUAGCACAGUUACCAUGUCAACAAUGAAGCAACCUUAGUUACAUUCAACUAAUUUGUGAAGACUUCAUGUAUAUUACAGCACUUUACUACUCACUUCCUUCCCUUAUACCAAAAAAAUUUUCCUUCAUCGUAGUUGAUGUGGGAACUGCAUUAUCAAAGUGCUGUCUUAUGGAGAAAAAAAAAAAAAAAACCUGAAAUAAGCGUCAAUGUAAAUCAGCAAGACAAUCCAGCAGUGUUUGUGCAUGUCGUGUUUUUUUGUCCUACAUUGUGCUAUGAUAUGCAUUCAUAUUUUCAUAGGUCAUCUAAAUUAUGAUCAUCCGAUUUAGAUGUUGAUCUUGAAACAUAUGCAGUGAACGUAGGCGUCAUAGUGCAAGUUGAGUUUGAAAUCUACUUUUUUCCCCCCCUGCCUAUAUGAAGUUGCCCCCUCCCCUUGAAAUGUCCAUGUUGACAAGGAUAUGAGCUUUUGAGAUUGUGCACUUCUGGUUUAUAUAGUUUUCUAUGUAUUUAUAUCCAUCUCUCUCUCUCUCUCUAUAUAUAUAUAUAUAUAUAUGAGUGUAUCAA